CUUUGAGAAGAAAUUAGUUCCCCUAAAAUUCUUCAUAUUCUACUUGAAAAAAGUGUUCUUUUUCAUUUUAUAAAUUAAUUCCCCUAAAAUUCUUCAUACUCUACUUGAAAAAAGUUUUCUUUUUCAAUUUAUUUUCAAGAAUCCUAUAGAAGAUACAAGAGAUAAUAUUUGAGGGAAAAAAAAGAUGUUGGAAAAUCAAGAUUUGCGAUUGAGUUUGAGUCUUAGUUUUCCAGAGAACAAAACAACAAAUUCAUUGCAGCUAAAUUCUUGGAUUGGUUCAUUUCCUUCUUCAGAUAAGAAUUUGGAGAAAUGCAGAACAUUUUUGAAAGGAAUAGAUGUGAACAUAGUACCAACAAUCACAAAAGAAGAAGAAGAAGAAGUUGGAGUUUCUUCACCAAAUAGUAGUAUUUCAAGUUUAAGUGGAACUAAAAGAAAUGAAAGGGAAAUAAUUAAUUGUUGUGAGGAAUUGGAAUUGGAAAUUGAAAGACAAUGUUCUAGAAGUAUUAGUGAUGAGGAAGAUGGAGAAACUUCUAGAAAGAAAUUAAGACUUACGAAAGAUCAGUCUGCUAUUCUUGAAGAGAGUUUCAAAGAACACAACACACUCAAUCCCAAGCAAAAACAGGCUUUGGCUAAGAGACUAGGAUUGAGGCCUAGGCAAGUGGAGGUUUGGUUUCAAAAUAGGAGGGCAAGGACAAAGUUGAAGCAAACUGAAGUAGAUUGCGAGUUGUUGAAGAGAUGUUGUGAGAAUCUAACUGAAGAAAACAGGAGAUUACAAAAGGAAGUUCAAGAGCUAAGGGCACUAAAGCUAUCACCUCAAUGCUACAUGCAAAUGACCCCUCCAACCACCCUCACCAUGUGCCCGUCCUGCGAGCGCAUCCCGGGCCCAUCUGCCUCAGGGCUCGGGAGCUUCGACAUUCGGGCCAAUCAAAUAGUCCUGGCCCGACAACAGCCCGUGCCGUUUAAUCUCUGGACCACCUCUCCCGUCCCACAUAGGCCAAUCAAUGUACUACAACCUAGGUCGUGAUUUCGCAACGGCGGAAGGGCGAUUCGGUUAAAUGGUCUCAUUACAUUAAUUUUGGAAAAUCCAACAACAUGAUUUGCGGAGCCGUAUUCAGGAUUUUCGCAACAUGGAGGCACCAUUAUUAAAAGUAGCACUUGUUAGUUAUAUUAAUUAAAAAUAUUAAUGUAGACAAAGGGAUUCAACCCCCAAAUUAUAGGUCGUGCACCCCGUUAUUUAUACAUACUUACCAAUAUACUAAAGUGCUCACUUGUUCAUGAAUUCACCUAUACAAAUUUAAGAACUCAAUUAAAAAAAUAGUAGUGUUAUACAUGGGUUAAGGAGGAGAAGAUGGGUGCAUGUGAAACCACUCCCCUCCAUGUGCAUACCUCCCUGAUGAUGUGUAUGUGUGAAAAAAUAAGUCUAAGAUAUGGUGGUUGAAUAUUAGGGGAUUUGGUGGUCAAUUUUUUCUAGAUAUGGUGGUUGAAUAUUAGGGGAUUUGGUGGUCAAUUUUUUCUCUUUUUAGUAGAAUAAGUUGCAAAUGGUGGGAACUAGGGACUAGAGAAGAGGACUUUAGAUGUAAAGUUUAAGCAAGUGAUAUCCAAUUUGAUUUUAGCAUUUUUUUUCUUUCCUUGUAACAAUUAUCCACGAGAGCCAAUAGCAUAUGGUUCAAAAUUGAAUUAAUGUCAUUUAUUUAGAAUCGCUAUAAACUUAAAAGAAAAUUU